AUGCAUCUUCCUUCUCGACGUAUUCAGCGCUUCUUAGCAUAUGGGACGUGCGUGCUUCUUAUUUCGAUCGCUUUCAGCACUGUAGCAACGUCAAUCGAAACGUCAACAGCAACGGCCGGCACCGACAUACCGAGUCAAGAUGCUAUCCCUACCCUUUACGACGAAACUAGUUAUCAAGGGCAAGAUAUUAAUAGGGAAUACAUGGCUUUAGAUUCCUUUUCCAUUCUGGAUCACAUUUUUCGGAUAUGCAUCUACAUCUUUCUCUCCGCCGUGUUCGCCGGCCUCACGCUCGGCGUCAUGACCAUCGACACCUUUACUCUAGAAAUUAUCGCGGAGAGCGGCCGCAUGCCGGAUUGCAAGUUUGCCGAGCAGAUUCUUCCGCUGCGAAAGGAUGCCCAUAAGACGCUUUGCACACUUAUUAUAUCAAACAUGCUGUGUAAUGUGCUGGUGGUUCAGCAAUUCCGCGCGAUCGUUUCCGGCAUACGGCAUCCGGAUCCGGUAGCCCGUCCGGGUCACGUGGUGGAUGAUUUCUGGGCGGACCUGUGGGAGUUUGCCGGGAGCACGUUUUUAGUGGUGGUAACCGAAAUUUUACCCAUGUCGAUAUGCAAAUCAAAGUACUCGCUGCGCGUGGCGGCGUGGGGUGCGAUAUUCGUCCAUUUUGCUAUGAUCCUCACCUACCCGGUAUCGAUGCCGCUGGGGAAGUUUCUCGAUUGGGUGGUGGGGGGAAAAGAGAGGGGUCAGAUUUACGACCGCAAUGAGCUGCGUAGGCUGAUGGUCAUUCAAUACGAGCGCAAAGGUAGCAACAAGGCGGGGAUGUCGAAGUCAGAGCUCGAUUUGCUGCUCUCCGCGAUGGACUUCCAGGAGUCGAAGGUGCGGGAUGUGAUGCGGCCGAUCGACGGUAUCACCCACAUCCACGAGAGCGACCUCAUAACGCCCGAUUUUAUUGCGCAUAUUUGGCUUUCCGGGCGCUCGCGCGUGCCGGUGAUGUCUGAAAAGGGCACCUUCGACAGCGUUCUCGUCGUGAAGGAUUUGCUGACGGUGGAUGUCGACCCCUCGUCGAGGCCGACCAAGGUAGCACAGAUCAUCAAGGAAAAGAAGCGCGGUUUGGCGAUGGUGGAGUCGAGCACGACCUUGCCGAGGAUGUUGCGGAUUUUUCAAGAUCUGAAAACGCACAUGGCGCUGGUUUUCUCCGCGGAUGGCUGCCCGGGCGCCGAGCGGGCCGCGCUCUCGCCGUCGGCGGCGAGCACGUCCGUCGAGCACGUCCACACCGUGAUCGGCCUCGUCACGAUGGAGGACGUCGUCGAGAAGCUCCUGAACGAGGAAAUUUACGACGAGUACGAUCGAUACGGCGCCGUCGACGGCGGCGGGGUCGAAUUCCAGGACGCGACCGUGCAGGAUAUCGACACGCUAAGCGCCCCGACGAUUCCAGAAAAGCACCCGCGGGUGAACUUCUACUCCUAUUUCACCCAUCCAGAGGCGGAUGUGGCGUUGACGGUGGAGCAGGUGUGGGCACUCGCGUUCUUUCUUCAACGAACGAUCUCCUGCUUUUCGAUUUGGAAUGUGGAGUACAUCAAGCGGCUUCUGGACGACUGUCAUGAUCAACAACUCGUCCCGCCUUCCUAUAUGCAGCGGAAAAACGCCCUUCUCCCGUCCACCAUCGAGGAGGAUUCCCUCCACGGGAGUAGGGUUCCAAGCCAUGCCACCAAAUCGCCCAACGACAGCUCCUUGUCGGACGAUCGAAAAGAUUCCACCAGCACGAAUAAUCUUUUCCCGUACAGUACCACCCAUUCUCAAUUUCUGAGCAUGGUGGAGGACGAGAAGUUUAUCUUAUACAAGAAAGGGGUCUGCUCGACUAACUUUACGAUUGUGCUCGGGGGGCAGGUGGAACUGCUCGUGGGCGAGGAGACCUUUAGCACACGAAUUUUUUCGUUUAGCCACGUCGGCGAGGAAGCACUGAUCUCGUCGGUUUUUAUACCCAAUUUCAGUGCAAUCGUGCUUCAACCCGCCCGCGUUUAUUGCAUCCCUAGAGAAUUAUAUAUCGAGUAUGCAUCGCAUCAGCUCACGAAGCCUGCGAUGGUGAGAAGCACCUCUGCCGAGCUCCCUCGUCCGCGUGGACACUUCAACACCUCCUUUCACUUCAGCCCCCACCCGUGUUCGCAAGUUUCGAAGAAAAACAGCUACGCUCCCCUUCCCUCUGGAUCUUUCAGGGAUGAUAACUUAAUUUCAGAUCAAAAGGCAUAUGGUACCUUUAAUAAAUAA